AUGGCGACGCUUCUGGGGUCCCAUUCGCCUGGGAUUAGAGGAAAACGAAGUAUUCGCAAUGGCAAUAUCAUUGCAAAGAUCCGACAGAGUCAAAUCGUGGGACAGGGUUUCAGUAGAGGGACACAGCUCCCAGAGGAGCUGCUCCAGGAGAGAGAUAAGAGGGCCAAAUGGCAUGGCAUCCCCAAGCUGCUCCAGAAGCUCCAUGAGAGCAGCCACCCUAACAGUGACCUGUCCCAGACACACAGUCUGCUGAAGGAGCUGUCAUCCCUGCUAUCCAUGGAAGCAAUGUCUUUUGUCACAGAAGACCGGAAGAGUGCUCAAGAAUCCACCUUUCCCAACACGUACACCUUCGACCUGUUUGGUGGAGUAGAUUUGCUGGUAGAGAUACUAAUGAGGCCUACACUCACUAUGAAGAAGAAGAAACCUAAAAUGAAUGAUGACUUUAUCAAAGAUUGCCUUAGUGUUCUGUACAACUGCUGCAUAUGUACAGAAGGGGUAACAAAGAGCCUCGCAGCCAGAAACGACUUUGUCCUGUUUCUCUUCACCUUAAUGAGGAACAAAACAACGUUUCUACAGACCGCAACUUUAAUCGAGGAUAUUCUCGGAGUCAAGAAGGAGAUAAUCCAGUUGGAGGGGAUUCCGAACCUGUCUCGUCUGGUGCAGAGCUUCGACCAGCAACAGCUAGCGAACUUCUGCCGAAUCCUUUCUGUCACCAUCUCAGAGCCUGAUUUGGGGAAUGAUGACAAACACACCUUGCUGGCCAAGAAUGCCCAGCAGAAACGCAACGCAAGCCCCUCUCGUGCAGAGGUCAACCAGGUGACGCUCCUUAACAUCCCGGGUUUCAUUGAGCGCCUGUGUAAGCUGGCCACCAGAAAGGUUUCUGAGGCCACGGGUGCGUCUGACGUUCUGCAGGAGCUGGAGGACUGGUACACCUGGCUGGACAAUGCCUUGGUGCUGGACGCCCUAAUGCAGAUGGCCACCGAGGAGGCUGAGCCCAGCAGCACAGAGUCCGAUGAGAGUUUGCAGGCCACUAGUCCUCUGAGGCACCGUCUGCCACAGUCCAUGAAGAUUGUCCAUGAGAUCAUGUACAAGGUGGAGGUGCUGUACGUGCUCUGUGUGCUGCUUAUGGGCCGUCAGAGGAACCAGGUACACAAGAUGCUUGCUGAUUUCCGUCUGAUUCCGGGACUCAACAACCUGUUCGACAGCUUAAUCUGGAGGAAGUUUACUUCAUCUAAUCACGUGGUACAUGGUCAGAAUGAGAACUGUGACUGCAGUCCGGAAAUAUCCUUCAAGAUCCAGUUCCUGAGGCUUCUCCAGAGCUUCAGCGACCACCAUGAGAACAAGUACCUUCUUUUGAAUAAUAAUGAGCUGAAUGAACUAAGUGCCAUCUCUUUGAAGGCUAACAUACCAGAGGUGGAAGCCUUGGUUAAUACAGACAGGAGUUUGGUUUGUGAUGGGAAAAAGGGUCUCCUUACACGUCUCCUCAUUGUCAUGAGAAGGGAACCCCCGGACUCCUCCUUCAGGUUCUGGCAGGCCAGAGCGGUGGAGAGUUUCCUCCGUGGUGCCACCUCCUAUGCGGACCAGAUGUUUCUGCUGAAGAGGGGUCUGCUGGAACACAUCCUGUUCUGCGUUGUGGACAGUGGCUGUAAGUCCAGGGACGUGCUGCAAAGCUACUUUGACCUGCUGGGGGAACUAAUGAAAUUCAACAUGGACGCCUUCAAGAGGUUCAACAAAUAUGUCAGCACUGGCGACAAGUUCCAGACAUUCAUGUCUCAGAUCAACAGUUCUCUGGUGGACUCCAACAUGCUGGUGCGCUGCAUCGUCCUGUCUUUGGACCGCUUUGAGAGUCAGACAGACGACCUGAACGUAGUGGAGGUGCUGUCCGAAUGCUGUCUACUGUCCUUUAUGGCCCGGGUGGAGAACAGGCUAGCCUUUCUCUUCAGGCUAAUCAACAUCAUCAACGUGCAGACUCUCACACAGGAGAACGUGAGCUGUCUGAACACCAGCCUCGUAGUUCUGAUGCUGGCCCGGAGGAGGGGAAAACUGCCCCUCUACCUCAACGCCCUCAGAGAGAAGGAGUACACGGAGAAGUACCCUGGCUGCCUGCUCAACAACUUCCUCAACCUGCUGCGUUUCUGGCAGCGCCACUACCUCAACAAGGACAAGGACAGCACCUGUCUGGAGAAUAGCUCCUGCAUUCCCUUCAGCUACUGGAAGGAGACCGUGUCAGUGCUCCUGGACUCGGACAGGACUUCUCCAUGUGCCAUAGCCAGCUACAUAGACGAGCCCUUUAUGGACCUGGACAGGGACUUGCUGGAGGAUUAACCCAUGCAGACGGGCUGGGCAGGCCUGGGGGAGGGGGUGGGUGACCGGGGUGCCGGCGUGGCUGACGACCCAGCCGCCUGGAAGUGCUAUGCAACACGGGUUCUGCCGUCUGCAUCCUGGCUUGGACGCCGUUACUUAAGGCUGAACGGAUGAUUCUCCUACCACCCUGGUGUUAUCCAGUCCUCUCCUUUCUGGACUGCACCCGGUCUGUCCACCCCAGGCCCUCCAUAGAACAAUAGACAUUUUAUUGGACCUUGAAAUACUCAGUGGUUUUUCUUUAGUAUGAAUUGAAUAGAGCCUUUUUAUAUAUUGCAUAAAUAUAUCGAAAAAUCUAGAUGUGUGAUUGGGGAUCUCAACACAGGAAAGUAUUUACAUGGGAGGUGUUGGUCAUGCAUUGGGGGGGCCCAGAGUGUCUGAUGACGUAACCCCAUGACCUCCCCAUGAGACAGUGUUUCUAGAGGUGUUGUGGGGGAGAGGGGAGGUGUUGUCCGCAUGGUAGACCAUUGUCUGAUCCUUGAGAGGGCUUGGUUGAGGAGGUAGCCUCGGUUUUGUCCAUUGGUCUUUUUGAAUGUUAGCUCCACCGAUCUGUAUGUAGAUCUCUCCUGGGUGAAUAUAGUCAACUUGGGCUUGUGUAUUUUACCCACCUGGUCCAGGUGAUCACCAGGUAGUUUGUGGAUCUGUCGGCGGUUGACGUUAUUUUUUAAGAAAAGAGAAUAACGUUUAGUUCUUAUUAAGCUAUGUGAAAAAAACAUUGCACAGUUUGGAUUGUUUAUUAUAUUUUCAAAAUGUUUGGUUUAUUUUCAAAAUGUUUGGUUGAUUAAAUUUUUUGUAUCAUACUUUUUAUCCAUCACGUGAAAGGUGGUUUGGUAGAUUAAUAAACUAUGCAGGUUCUAGUGUUGAAUGCGUUCUGUCUGUCCCCAUUGUCUCAAAUCAGAGGGUGUUAUUACGUCUGACCUAAACGAUACUCUGUCCCAGACCGAUUUUGUAACGGUUCCUUAACCUCUUAGCAUGUAUAGCUUUCAGCCAAACAGCCAUACUGUGCUAUAUCACUUCAUGGUUCUUUAGUCAACACCUAACUGUUAACUUCUCACCACAAGCCUAGACUGACAAUCUUGAUCUGUCUUUGGGUGGUGAUUCUGUGCUUUGUGUCACCUCUAAUGUUAUUGGCUAUAUUUGGUCAUGUUGCUAUGGCACCCCCUGACUAGAAUGUCCCCCAAAGUUGCCAUAGCAACAGAAACUGACCUGAGUAAGUAUUUUGCAUCUCUGCAACAAAUUAUCAAUAACCCAAGAAAUUGACAUAAUUGAGCUACCUCAUUUUUCAACCCGGCUCCAAAUGGAUCUAACCGCGUAUCAUUCAAUAAAUGAGUCAGUUUAUCUAAUCCUGUUUAAAUGUUUUUCUUUAAUCUCUUUGUAUGUUCAUAUGAUUGUAUGAAAGCAAACAGUUCAUAAGCUGGUUUGCCUUAUUGAAAGUGGUCGUAGUGCUACAUGACCACAUUUCUUCACCCAACAUCUGUUUGUCCCCUGCCUCUCACUGCUGCGUCCUCUCAUGUAGACGCCUCUUGUGGAGGUGUAGAUUAUAGCAGGAGCCUCCAAUGUUCAUAGUUCUUUGGCAUCUAUGCACAGUUGUGACAUUGGUAGUGUGUGUUUUUACAGAUUAUAUAUAAAGAAUGGAGCACAAUUACAAAAGGACAUAAUACAAACAGCACAAAGUGUGAGUCACCAGGCAGUCUUUAAUGUUGUUUUCAUCACACUGUCUAAUAGUGUAGUGUUAAAAAAAAAAAAACAAGACACUUAACCAAUGAUAUUAUCUGUCGCAUUUAUGUACACAGACCCAGUUGGCUGAUCAUCCUUUUACUCUGGGAACAGUCAUUAUGCCAGUGGCCAUAAGUACUAUACCACCCAAAACAUUUUUGUUUUUACCAUUUUUUUUUCUCAUGACUUCGGAGUGUUAUUUUGACCUGUAGUGUGGAAGCAAAUAUAAAAA